AUUGCCAGGGAGAUGAAGAACUGGUGGUGGGAGUGACAGCAACGCCACAUGAUAUCCACAUUACGUGUUGCUUAACGUUUUUUUAUGACCUUCCAAAAUUCUAAUUCUUUCUCUUCUCUGAAUUUCAACGACCAUUUCAUGGACUCUCUUUCUCUAUCCCUCACUCAACGCAUCAAAACACUAUGGGCCUCGGUUUCGGCUUCGGGCUAAAUCCCAGACUCAGAUAUUGUCUGCUUCUUCACACUCCUCAUUCCUUCACCAAUUCACCUCUCUGCCUUUCUCCAUCUUCUGCUGGAGUCAGGGAAACUUGUUUCAACUUCACGAGGUUAUCUUUCCCCUCAACAUUUUAUGAGGAAGGAGAAGCUUUGCAAAAGGAUUUUGGAAGGGUGUUUGCAUUUUCAUCAUCAGCCUUGGAAACCUUGGAAAAUGAUUCAUUAGGAAGAGAAGAAACCCAGGUAAACAAAGGAAAGAGGUCACUGAGUAGUGUACAUAAAAUGAUUGAUAAUACCCAAAUGCCUUUUGGAGAGGUAUCUACUGUUUCUAAGAAGUUUGAGUCAUUCAGGGCACAGCAUUUUCGUUUGUUAAUGGAGAACCUAUGUGUUUUAGAAGAAACUUUUGUUGAUUCUGAAGCACUGAGGUUGGAAAAGGCUAUUAUAUUGCAACUAGGAAAGCUUGGUGCUCUUGAGUUAUUCAAUGUUUGUCUAUCAAGAUCACUUGGAACCUCACUUGUGUCAAACUAUGCUGACAAAGUGGAUGACUACAAGGACAAAGUUGUUGUCCAGUCUAGCAAGAAAAAGGAAAAUAAAACCAGAAGAAAGAGAGAAUUUGUUUCCACAGCAGUGUCGUCCCAGUCAUUGACUUUAAAAGCUAAUCAGGAAGAUCUGUUAGGUUUCUCAGCUUCACUUGUGAAAAGAGCACCAAAUACUAAAAAUAAAAGGAUACUGGUUGCUAAAAGGGAGGCAGAGAUGUCAAAAGGCGUAAAGGUGCUAGCAGAGUUAGAGAAAAUGAGGACAGCUAUAGAAGAGGAUACCAAGCGAGUAGCAAGCUUGAGUACCUGGGCAGAAGCAUCUGGAGUUGAUGAGAAGGUGCUACAGAAGCUAUUGCAUCGUGGCUAUUAUUGCCAGGAUGAGCUCAUACGAAGUACUCGUUCCUUAGUUCUAUACCUUGCCCGAAAAUACAGGGGUAUGGGAAUAGCUUUGGAUGAUUUACUUCAGGCAGGAUACGUAGGUGUUCUUCAAGGAGCUGAAAGAUUUGACAGUACUAGGGGCUACAAAUUCUCAACCUAUGUGCAGUACUGGAUAAGGAAAUCAAUUUUAAGAGUGGUGGCACGAUAUGCUCGAGGAAUUGUAAUUCCUUGGUCGUUGAACAGGGCAAUAAAUCAGAUCCAGAAAGCUCGAAAAGCCAUGAAAAGUACACACAAGAAAUGCCCAGAUGAUUACGAAAUUGCAAAGAUGACAGGUCUUUCACUGGAUAAAAUCAAAUCAGCUAGCAAUUGUCUAAGAAUAGUUGCUUCAAUUGAUCAGAAGGUGGGGGACUACCUUGGUGUAGAAUAUAUGGAACUUUUGCCCGAUGCAACAAUUGAGAGUCCUGAAGAUGCUGUAAUGAAGCAACAUAUGAGAAAAGACGUACAUGAUCUCCUGAAAGGCUUGAACUUAAGGGAAAGGAAAAUAUUAACCCUACGCUUUGGCCUUAAUGAUAACCAGCCUAGGUCUCUUCAGGACAUAGGGACACUUUUCAAAGUUAGCAAAGAGAGGAUAAGGAAGAUAGAAAAAAAAGCUCUAACAAAGUUAAAGAAUGAAGCAACCAUCUCAAAGUUACAUUAUUAUUUGGAUCUGUAGCAUAUCUUUGUCUUCUUCUGGUAAGCUGAAACAGCAUCUUGGUUUCAUCUGGCUAUGAAGGAUGUGUACAAACUCUUGGUCCAGAAUUGGUUGGAUGCAGUACGCAUCGAAGUUCUUUAACGGUGGCCAUCCAUCUUCUUGAUUGUGUGUUUCUCCUACCUGGAAAAAGCAUCAUCAUCAGUUGUUACUUGUGCAGCAUUUCACCACACAAAGAUGUUGACAACAUAGAAGGCCUCAAACACUAUAAUGCUGGUGAUCUCUUUUGUGGUCAACCAUGAAAUCAUGUGAUAAUGCUUAUAUAUGCUUGUUCUUGAUUUGGCCUUUGGGAAUGAAUGACGUAGAUGUGCCUCUGAGUCUGAGGUAGGUUUUGUUUUUAGGACUGGUAGGAGUUUUCACACACCUGCUGUGUGUUCUUUGGCAAAAGAUUUGAAUUUUUAUAAGAUUUGUGCUAUAGUCUAUUAUGUAUAUUCAAAUACAUGUCUUAUCAUGGUAUGUAUGUAAUAAAUUUGUAUGUUUCUGUGCA